AUGGUUUUGAAACAUCAAAUUGGUGACAGUUCUGUAUUGGAAAAGCCUGAAGAUUCCGGUUGCAAAUGUAACAAUGACAAAGAUAUAAAAGAUGGAUUGUUUAAUGUAUGGCACAACUAUUCUUCAUCUACUACUCUUCACUGUCUCUCGCGAGCUGCCAAGGUCGAGUCAUCACUUAUGAGGAGGUUCGUCUGGUACGUCUUCCUUGCCGCCAUGUUCGGAUUACUGCUGUGGCAGUGUUACACUCAAAUAUCUCGAUAUCUGCAGAGGGAAACUAUACUCAAUGAACAUUCAGCUCUUAACGAAGAUAGAGUUUUCCCAUCUCUUACGAUUUGCGAUGUCAACAAUGUCAAAAAAAGUAAUGUCCAGAAUCCACAAGUCCAAGAGGUCCUUACCAAGACAUACAUGGAGAGCGCAACAAACAAAUCCUAUUUUAAUCACCUUGAUGUGAAUUGGUUAAGAAGUAUAAACGUUUCUGAUAUAUUCUAUAACCACUCUGUGUUUGAUAUGUUUUUGCUGUGUACAUGGGAGAAAAAACCAAUCCCGUGUUCGUCAAUCUUCAUUCAACGGGUGACAAGUGCGGGGAUAUGUGCUACCCAUAAGGGCAUGGUGCUUUCGGAAAGUGGUGGCGUUGGAAGCGGAAAUGGCCUUGUAGUAAUACUUCAUUCUAACAUCUCGGAUUAUCUUGUCACCUCUCGAGCUGGUGCAGGCUUUAGGGUGCUGCUGCACACACAUAAUGAGGAACCGGAUGUUGAAGAACAUGGCUUCGCGCUCUCUCCUGGUACGGCAAGUAUCAUUGCUGUGACGAAAUACCAGCGAUUUCCCAUUCCUGCCUUUGGUGAUGACUUCUGUGUAGACACCACGGCAAGUGACUAUGUUCAUCAGCUCAAAUACAUCUCCAAGUACAGCUAUGGCGCCUGUGUUACGGACUGUUUCACUGCGUUUGUGCAAGAAAUCUGUGGUUGUAGAGAUGUGUUCAUGCCAGGAGACAUUCCAGUAUGCAAUAUUGACCAAAGGAUUAAUUGUUUUGAGGCGGCUGAAGUUUCCUUUAUCAGCAACAGUUCGUGUGAAUGCGGUAAUCCCUGUGAAGAAAUCUCAUAUUUACCGGAAGUAUCCUAUGGUUCAUUUCCAUACCCUGGGUAUCUGACAACCACAUUUCCGGAUAUCCAAGUUUCAGAGGAAUACAUGAAGAGCAAUGGGCUGAUGUUUGAGGUCUUCAUGAAAAGUGACAUGUACAUACAGAGGAAGCAGAUAUUAGAAUUUACAGAAGCGGAUCUCGUAGCUGCCGUUGGAGGAUAUAUGGGGUUAUUUAUCGGAGCGAGUAUUGGGACCAUCAUGGAGCUACUUGAGUUUUUCUGUGAUUUGAUGAUGAAUCUUUCUAAAAAGUUAAAGGCAAGGACUCAUGACAUUAAAAAAAAAUAG